AUGGCGGCGCCACGGCUCCCCCUAGUGGUGCAGGCCCACGUGGACUUGCCGCUGCUUAUGGUCACUCUGCUUGCCUUUUGGACCAGGAUGGGGCGUCUUGCGUACCCCAACUCCGUCGUGUUUGACGAGGUCUACUACGGCCAUUUUGUUUCUCUAUACAUGAAGAGAAUUUUCUUCAUCGACGACAGCGGACCGCCGCUCGGUCACAUGAUCCUGGCGCUGGGAGCCUACCUGGGAGAAUUUGACGGAAACUUCACGUGGAACCGAAUAGGAGCGGAGUACCCAUGCGGCGUGAGCGUGUGGAGCCUGCGGGCAGUACCGGCUGCGUGCGGCGCUCUAUGCGUCCCCCUGGCAUAUUGCCUGACUCUGGAGUUGGGCUUUGGGCGCGCGGCUGCAACGGGAGCAGCGCUUCUACUCUUGCUAGACAACGCUCUGAUCGUCCAAUCGCGGCUCAUGUUGCUGGAGAGCGUGCUGAUCUUCUUCGUCCUGGCGGCCUUCCUGUCUUACCUGCGCUUUCACCGCACCGGGCAAAGGUGGGUAGGAUACGCUUGGAUCCUCCUCUCUGGGACGUCCUGUGCUGCCGCCGUCGGGGUGAAGUACGUGGGUGUGUUCUCCUACCUGCUGCUGGUAGGUGUGGCCUGCAUACACUGCUGGAAGCUAAUUGGUGAAACGCAAGUGAGCGGGCCGAGAGUGUGCGCAGAGUGCAUCGGGCGUGGCGCGUGUCUACUGGCGGUCCCGGUGGGGCUCUAUGUCCUCUGCUUCUACGCGCAUCUGACGCUCCUGCACCGCAGUGGACCCCACGACCACAUGAUGAGUCCCGCCUUUCAAGCUAGCCUACAGGGCGGUCUGGCCAGGAUCACCCGAGGACAACCUCUGGAGGUGGCCUACGGCAGUCAGGUGACCUUGAGGAGCUCCGCCUCCCGCCCGGUCCCAUGUUGGCUCCAGUCUCGCAAAGCUAACUAUCCCGUCAGGUACGAGAACGGACGAGGCAGCUCUCACCAGCAGCAGGUCACCUGUCAUCACCUUAAGGACGUCAACAACUGGUGGAUUGUCAAGAACCCCCGCAGGGCCGAGCUGUCCGUUGGCAGUCCUCCUCAGGCGGUGCAUCACGGAGACGUGGUCCAGCUACUUCACGGGAUGACGUCUCGCUUCCUCAACAGCCAUGAUGUGGCCGCCCCUUUGAGUCCCCACGCCCAGGAAGUGUCGGGAUAUGUGGACUUCAACGUGUCCAUGCCCGCACAGAAUCUUUGGAAAGUGGACAUCGUGAACCGCGAGGAAGAUUCCGAAGUGUGGAAGACCAUUGUGUCGGAGGUCCGCUUUGUUCACGUCAACACAUCUGCCGUCCUCAAGCUGAGCGGCUCAUCUCUUCCCGAUUGGGCGGCGGGUCACGCGGAGGUGGUGGCAGACAAGGUUAAAGGUCCAGGAGGCAGAGCCACUUGGACCGUGGAGGAGCACCGAUACGGAACCGGCGAGGAACGGGAGGCGGAGCUUCAGUCUCCCACCCGCGUCGACGUCGAGCGCCGGAUUUCCCUGUGGUCUAAGUUCACCGAGCUUCAGUGGAGGAUGCUGACAGUCAAACAGGAAGACAUCGAGCACAAAUAUAGCUCCGCACCAUUAGAAUGGCUCACCAUGGAAACCAACAUCGCUUACUGGCUCCACCACUCCACUAAUGCUCAGAUCCAUUUGAUUGGUAACCCCGUCUCGUGGGGUCUGGCCAAACUCAGCCUUUCCACCUAUCUCAUAAUGGCGGCCGUCUACCUGCUGAGAAGGAGGCGGGGCAUCAAAGAUUUAACAGAGGAUGCGUGGGAGCGUUUUGUGAGCACGGGCGCAGUGUGCGUGGGCGGCUGGCUGUUGAAUUUUGCUCCCUUCGUGCUGACUGAGAAGCGCCUGUUCUUGUACCACUACCUGCCGGCUCUGGUCUUCCUGCACCUGCUGGUCCCCGCGCUGCUGGAGCACCUGCACGAACACGUGCUCAGCAUGGAGUGGCAGCGGCGCGCGCUGCGGGCGUGCGCGCUGGCGGCACUGGCUUGCACCUUCCUGUCCUACCGCGCCUUCCGCCCUCUGACCUACGGGAGCCCGGAGCUGUCGGCCGACGAGCUGCGAGCGCUUAAAUGGAGGAGCUCCUGGGACAUCCUGUACCGACGGCGUUAG